AUGAAGCAACAUAUAACCUUUAUGAAGUUUAUUAUAUCCACAAUAACACUUGUGUGUUUCAUACUAUUAUUA